AUGUUGGCUUUAAUCGAGGGAGUGAGCUUAGCAGUUCAGCAUGGUCUGGUUCCUUUAAAAGUUGAAACAGAUUGUCAAGUGUUGGUGGACGCAUUACAAACAAGGAUUUUAAGAGAUUCAAACCUGGGAUUCCUUAUGGAUGAUCUGCGUGAAGGACUGAGGACGGCAUCGGCUGCUAAUUUGUCUUUUGUCCGCCGAAGUGCUAACAGAGUUGCCCACUCUUUGGCGCAGGCUGCUUUGCAUACUAGAAUAAAUUUGGGUUUCUCUAUUGUACCUCUUCUAUUUGUUGAGGAGCUUAUUUCUGAUGAAUAUUGUAAUGAUCCUUGA